UUGUGGGAUGCGUCAGGGAGGCGGCAUGACGACCUCCUUCUUCACUGGCUGAGUAGCUGUUGAUUGGAGUGAUCAUCGCUGGACGCCAUGUCCGGGUAAGGAAGGAUGAAGAGAGGCACAAGAACGAUGCGCGCAUACGGCGGUGUGAUGGCCCGCACUCGCCAUGCCAUGCAGCGCUGCCUUGCCUUGCCUGCGAAACGAGCCUAUGCAUUCCAUGCCACCCCACCCCACCGGUGUGUGUGCAUAUCAUAUCGCUUGGUUGGUGCGGUGCAGGCGUCGUCCGUACACGGAGGACGAGGACUUGAAGAUUGCCCAGUACAUCCUCACGACCCAGGGUGGACCCAAUGCCGUCGGUGAGCUGAGCACAGCACAUACCCAUCAACUCAACCCGGGUGGCUGGCUGGCUAUGUCCUCAACUGGUCUUACGGCUCUCUCCGUGUGUGUUUCGCGUCAGGCCUUAAGGGCAAUGAGGUGUGGCAGGAGGCCGAACGCAAGAAGGUGCGCCGACCGCACAGCAUGACCAUGAUGGGUGAUGGCUAUGCCGCGGCACGUGUGUGUGUGCUGUGUGCUGUGUGUUGUGUCCUUCCCCCCUCCGUCCGUUCAUUCAGAUCCUUAACCGCACGUGGCAGUCGAUGCGGGAGAGGUGCAAGAAACACAUACUACCCAAGUUAGUAACCAAACGAUAGACAGACAGACACCAUGGAUUGGAUGCGAUGCAUCGAAUCCAGACACACACAGCCGACAUCACAUCACCCUCUAUGUUCCCACCCACCUGUGUGGUUCAUUCAGUUUUGCCCAUCUCCAGGCGGUGUUGCUGAAGGGUCCGGUUGCCGAGUCCCAGCAGUCGGUGGCCUCGGCCGCCAGAGCCUGGGAGGCCGGCGGACGGGCCGCCAUGGGCAUGGGGGCGGCGGCGGUGGGCGGGGGGGAGGUAGCCGAUGAGAUAGAGGAGCCGGGGCCGGCUGCGGCUGCUGCGGGGUACGUUCAGCAGCCGUAUCAGGCACAGGCGGCCAGUCGCAUGUCGUAUGGCGCAGUGGCCAACGGUGCCGCUGCGGCUGCUGCUGCCGCCCCUGCGGCCGCUGCUGCCCAGUACGGUCAGAUGAUGCACCACCCCUACUACAUGAUGCCUGAGCAGCACCAGCAGCAGUACGCAGCACCGGCAGCCGACGGAAUGUAUGAGGGUAGGCAAACCCCCCGCAACACACCACACACUGAAUGGCAGAGGCAGACAGAGAGCAUUUUUGCGGGGGCUGUGUGUGUGUGUGUGUCUGUGUGUGCAGAGGAGUUUGAUGCGGACAUCUGCGCGCAGAAGGUGGAGCAGGUCAAGAGGUAGGGCGGCCGCAGACCAAGACAUGUAUGCACGGAUUCACGGACCUAGGAGCUCUCACUCGGCGUGUGUGUGUGCUGUGCUGUGGUGUGCUCCCUCACUGACUGCAGUUACUUCACGGAUUUGUGUGACAACCACGGGUUUGAUUUCGACGACGCCAACCUCAGCCUCAUCCACUGGUUCAGGGACAUGUGGCACAAGUAAGCCACACAAACAGAGCAGACAAGCAGGCAGACAGAGAGACUGGCAGACGAAGACACCGUACCACACCGUAUCACCCCUUGGCCCAUGCCGUCCUUCAGAACCCACUUGGGCCCGAGCAGUGACCCCGAGGCGUACCUGGCGUUUUACGAGGAGUGCAGCGCCGUGCUGGAGAGCACGGGCGGCAAGACGGCAGAGGCCCAACAGGCCAUCUUCCUCAAGUACGGGGCGGAGGGCGACGCCGCCGCCGCCGCACCUACGCCCGCCGUCCAGCGCAUGCGCAAGUGAUGGAAACAAGACACAUACACAGACACACAGCACAGAAACCACACACCGAUGAGGGUCAAUGGCAUUGCAAGGGAGGGAGGAAGGAAGCGCGUGGCUGAAUGGAUGGAUGGAUGGGCGAAGGUGUGUCUGCGCGAGUGGUCGGUGCGUGCGAUUGACUGGGUGCGGUUCAUGGCCGGGUGGGGGGUAUGGCAUGACUGGACGGAGUGGUUCGUGUGAGAGGUGUGUACAGUCAGUAUUUCUCCCCUCAGUGACUUUUCGCAACGGUGGUUGCAUUCGAGUGCGUGUGUGAUGGAUACGGUCUGGCUGGCUGCCUGCAUGCCCGCGCGGGAAGGAACGAAGGACUACCGCAUCAAGUUAAGUCGACGUGAC